UUAGAAUACUUGGCCGCAAUAGUGGACAGUGCGAAAAUUUGUGAAGGUGGUGGACGUUGUGCAAAUUAUAACGAUACUCUAUUGGAAAAAAUGUUCGAGCCAAAGGAUUUACAAUUGGUCGUGAUCACUGUGGGCACAGGCAACCGAGUGGAAUCCGAGGGACUGGAUCGACACAAUAUAAGUUUGCCCGGAAAACAAUAUGAAUUCCUGUUACACAGUUUGGAUUUAGCCGCUGGUCAAGGUGUAAUCCAUCGAAUUCCGAUUCCCGUGGUCAUUCUUAUUUUUAGUACCGGUCCUGUGAAGAUUCAAUCGGCCCUUGAUGAUACUAAUGCAAGGUGCUCACUUGAUCAACAGAACGCUCUCGAUGCCCCUCAUACCAUUCGGAUGGCUCGAUUAACAACCGGUGGGACUGGGCGUAAAUCCGCCAUUAGGGCGUGCUUCAUUCCUGGAGUGAAAGCCAUCUUUUGGUGCGGAUUUCCUGGUGCAUGGAUCGGUCCGGCUAUUGCACAUCUACUUUCAGGCAGUCCAAGUGGCUCACAACUAGUCAGUGACCCGAUCGAAUGGGAAACCAAUAUGCGUGGAAAAUCUCCCUUGCAUCAGGGUGUUUGGUGGAUGCCGGGCGCUCGGCUCCCAUUCACUUGGUACGCCUCCAUUGAUCGUUUGGCUAAUAUCACGGACUACGAGAUGACCAACCAAACUUACCGAUACAUUCCACCGCAAACAUGUGUGAACAGUAAUAAAGACUGCCCGUUACCUGUUCUGUUUCCUUUCGGUUAUGGGCUUUCUUAUAAUGAACUGACUCCUGGAAAGUCUGGUGUCACCUAUUCCAACCUUCGUAAACCGAGACACACAGUUCGUCCGGGUCAGCCAGUUGUGAUCAGUGCAAUGGUCACCAAUCAGGGCAGUGUUGCAUGCGAAGAAGUUGUACAGGUGAGUUUCUGUAAUGUGCAGAUUCCUCUGAUAAUUUCAUGUUCAAGUUGUUCAGGUAAGUGCCAUAUUUGA